UUUUUCAUUUUUUAAAUCUUAGAGCACGUUAUUAAUGCUUUAAUAUAUUUGAAACAUCCUGGACAAGUGCAGGCUGCUAGGUGCUUCCUGUGCACUCAUGCACAACAGUUUACAGAGAGUGUCCUGCUAGAAGUGGUUCAUGGCUGUGGUGCAGUUGCUUGCUGACCAAAAUGCUGCAUGAACAGACACACAGUUUCAGGUUCUCAUGAUAAGAGCCUGAUAUAUUGUAAAUGCCAAAUUAAUAAUUGUACAAAAUGUAAUAGUGCCAAACUGCUGGUUUCCACAAACAUUCUGGAAAGUACUUGAGCUGCCUGUAUGUGUAGAAGAGAGAUAAAACCUAGAAUAUUAGCAAUUCUUCUAAUUGGGACCCGAAGCCCAUUAAAUUAGCUUCACGCUGCAUGUGCAGGAACAUGCCCAUAUCAUUUUUAAGCUUUUAGAGCUGUUACAACAGGUCUGUCUUUCCCUUCUUUCCUCUCAUUCUUACUCAGUUUAAAGGCUGAUAAUGGUAUCUCAAGUGAUUGCAAACCAGACUUCUGCUCUAUUUAAUGCAUGCAGACUGUAAAGCCUGGCAACCCUUUAGGCUCUAUCCCCCUUUAAGCAGCUGGCAGCUAACUGAGGAUUUUCACGUGUGAGAAGUUCCUCAGCUCAGUGCAAAGGAAAGUAGCACCCAGGUGGUAACACAACACUUAUUUUGCUUAUUAUCAGCAGUUGUGACAUAAACAUUAGCUGGAGGCAGAUUGGUGAUUGCUUCUUCAGGAGGUGGGACUGCUGUAAAAGUAAAGGAAAUGAAAUCUCAUGACUGGAGCUGGGUGAAAACACUGCCUGCCUGAAAGCAGAGGGAGAUUCCUCUUGCCAGUGUGCAUUCCACCUGACAAGGUUCAUCUUGAUGAUGGAUAAACUAGCAACUGCUAAAUUAUCUGCUGCUUUUACUUCGGGUGCUGUCAGAGGACACAGGAAGAGGGACAGAGCGUUACAAACUGCAAAGCUGAAUGCUUCUUUGGCAUCUAAAAUCAAAUCUAAAUUAUUAAAUAAUUCAUCAAUGUUGAAAGUAUCUUUAAAACAAAAUAAUAAAGCAUUAGCUCUGGCUUUGAGCAUGGAGAAAGAAAAUUCUCGGAAGCUGAAGAAUGAGAAGAUUUUUCUUCAGAAAGAAGUAGAAAAGCUGCAGCUUCAUAAUAUCCUUCUUCGUCGAAAACUAAGCUGUUUGAAUAAAACUCUUAGAGAAAUAGGAGCAUUUUUGAGUGAUAACCUCUUAAAUGCAAUAGAAAUAAGCAGUCUUUCUGAGAAUCUUCAGAGUUCUUUUCCUCUGUCAGACAGUCCAAGUAGCUGUACUGAUGACCAGGUGAAGAGUACAUGUCAGUCAGCGAGAUUUGUAGAAUUGCCAGUGAAGCUUCCUUUACUUGCAACAUCUGCUGGAAAACAGCAAGAAAAUCAGUUUUGCACAGAACUAAGCAGUAAUAGUGCAUUCCUAACUCAUGUCAAUAAUGUACAACCUCUAAGACAGUCUGAGGAGUUUACAAGACAAGAUGAUAGUUCAUUGCCAUUCUCUGGAAAUGUGACUGAAAGAAAGAAAUAUGCAACACAUUUUGGGUUAAAACCACAACUUUAUGUAAAGGAUUCUGGUAAAAAAUGUAGCUCAAAUCUGCCUCCUCAUGGUGGCAGCAGCAGCAGCAGCAAUGAGGUGAAUGUGAAGGAAAGUCCAAGUGACUUGCUUCGCAUCAUUCCUUCACAACUUGAAUUUAGCAGUGAGUGUAAGGAGAUGCUUCCUAUUGAUGGGAUAAAAUCUGAAGAAACUGUUUAUGAUGCUGAUAUGGAGUUGACUGCCAGUGAUGCAGGUGAACUGCUCACAGUUGCAUCAAAAGACAAAUUACAUAAAAAUAAUAAUGCCAAUUCUGGUAAAGUACUGGCAAAUUUCAGAAAAGUAAAAUAUUCUAAAAGUGAGAAAGAGAAAGUUAAAAACAAGACUGAAGUCAGUUCAGAUUUUUAUGCAGAAGAAAACCACACUAGGACUGACAAUAACGUUUCAAAAACUACUGAUCCACAAACUCAGCUAUUCCAAAGUCAGACAGAACAGCUACCUACACAGAAUUCUACAGAGAAACAGAAUUUACCAAAUACCAAUGACUAUAAUCAAAACCAAAAUUGUCUAAGUAAGGAUAAGGAUACUAGAAGAACAUGCCUAGUUAGCCUAGUGCAUCAAAAACAAGAACAAGAAGCAAAUAAAGAAAAUUCCUCAGAAACAUUGGAAGAUGUGGAAAACAAAAUAAUAAAAGCAUACUCAAGCUUAUCUAGUAGUGAGAUCCCACCUCAAGUUUGCUAUGCUGAAAGCUUGACCUUCCAGGAUAACAGCUCUACUGUACCACCUUUACAGCAGGACUUUCUACCUGAAAACAAGAACAGUGUCAGACUGCUAAGAAACAGGAAAACCUUUCAAAACCCUUCAAAAAUGAACACAGCCAAAUACUGUGAAUUUGAUCAUGGGAAGUAUGAAGAAUACGGUUCAAAAAAGUCUCAAACAGACAGGUGCAAAUGUGACAGCAAGAGAAAACAAUACCAGAAGAAUAUUAUAAAGAGUAAAUGCAACAAAGAAGGUGGUUACAGACAAAGAGAAACUGAAAAUGAUAGUGUUAAUAAAAUUAUUCAAAAAGUAGAUCAAAAGAGUGGUAAUUUUUCACCAGGCAGAUUAAAACGUACAUUGGCAAAGGCUGCACGUAAAGCAUAUGUAAUACCAACUAAAGAUCUUACUAAAUUCUCACUUUGCAAAAGUGAAGAAUUAGAAAAUAAGGAUGCAUUGUGCACACAGACUGUUCAUGGAAAUAAAAUAACUGAAACCCAGCAAUCUCAAGGAGCUUUAGUUGCUCAGAAUGAUAUGGCAAUGAAUAUACCGCAAGUUAAAGCCUCCACACGAAAUUUUGGCAGCAAUGCUGACACGUUAAAGAGAGUAGAUUCCUCACCAGCAGCAUGUGAAGAAUCUAACAUUAGUAAUUCUUGUGACAAUCAAGUGAAAGAAAAAGGGAGCCUUAGUUCUGGUGUUAUGGAGAGCAGACAAAAAAAGAAUUAUUUCAGACAUAUUGAUCAGGGACAGAUGAAUUUUUUGAAUGACCAGGAAGUCUCUCAUGAGAUGGACUCCUUUAUAAACAAGUUAAAACCCACAGUGCAAAAAUUAGAAAUUUUAGAAUCCUUACCUGUUGAUUGUUCUAAGAAUAUAACAAUAAGUACGGGUAGCUUUUUCCAGAAAGGUUUUUCUGAAAUGAAGCCCACAGCUCUUGAUAACCUUAAUGCUCCCAUGAACUCUGUACUGAAAAAUUCAGAAAUGUCAGGGAAAACUGAUCAAGAUAAAGCACUGGUUUCUGGAAAAGCAAAUCAAAAAUCAGAUCAUAUUUCUAAAGAGAUUUCUGAAAAGACUUUGACACAUUGUCAUGGGAGAACAGCUUUGCAAGAUGUGACAAAUACUAGUGAGUUUUCUCACACUUCCUUACCUAAAUCCUCCCAGAUUUUAGAAGAAAACUCAGCAGAACCAGUUAGACGAGGAAGAGCUGCUAUUUGCUACAAAGAACCCCCUCUAAACCGAAAAUUAAGACGUGGGGAUCAGUUUACAGAUACACAAUUUCUGCAUUCCCCAGUCUAUAAAGUAAAAAAGAAAAGAAGCUUUAAAAGUAAAUCAAAAUUUAUUUGAAGAAGACAAGAGAAUUGUCUUUAUGAACAGCACUUCUGAAAUGGUACUUUUUUUUUUCCAAGAAAAUAUAGUUUAGUAGUAUAGGAUGCUUAUUGUUAUUAGAUAAAUGUAAAACAAAGACUUCAAAAUGGAAUUUCUCAGAAAAGACCCACAACAUAAAGGACAUAGAACUCUUCACCAAAGAAGGCAAAUUCAGGUUUGGUGAAGGAUCCAGUCUUGUGUUCUGAAUUUUUGCUCAGUAAUUUAUAAUCUGUUCAAAGUAUUUGCAGCACUUAUUAAUUUGUGAGAAAAGUGUAAGUUUUAAUGAGAAUUAAAAAAAAAACAUGUUUGGGAAUUAUUGUGAUUUCUUUAUAUAUACUAUGAGCAGAGUAAUUUAUCAAUGCUAGCUGGAACAGAUAUAAGCAUCCCAAAUAUAGGUGCAGAGAGCCUUGAGUUGUUUUUGUUGGUGGUGGUGGUGGUUUGUUGUUGGUGGUGAUGGUGGUUUGGUUUGGUUUUGGGUUUUUUUUUGCUAUUUGUUGUUGCUUUUAUUUGACAGAGUCACACUGAGAUCUGAAUGAGGAGAUCUCAUUUUUAGGAACUGUUGACAGAAACCCAGUAUCAUGCAUAUGGGUCAUAGGCAGUGCUCAUAGCAAUGCUUUGAGUUUCCAGUUGAGACUGUGCUAGUGUGACAAAUACUACAACCAUACAAUAUCACUCAGCUAUCAGUUUUUAGACCAACUCCCCUCUGGACCAUCAUCAGUCACUUCUGCAUUCUGUUAUGCCUUCUCAUGAGACAAACAACUUUUGGGUGAUGUCUAAGUUAUAAAUGCUGCCAGCUGCAGGCUGUAGCUUAUAAUCCCCAUAAAUUCUGUGGAUUAUUUUGGAUAAGGUUCAGAUUCACUUUGGAACCAAGAUAAUUGUAUCUCAUUUUUAAUGAGACACAAAUAAGUUACUUGGUUACAGAAAGUGAUUCUUCACACGGUAUUAAUCAGAUAAAUUAAUGGAAGAAAAAUCCAUGAGGAAUUACUGGAAAUGCUGUUUAAUACUUUAUUUAAGGUUAUUCACUUUUUAAAUCCUUCACAGACUGAGCAGUUCUACAGUAAGCUAGACCUUUGAUCUCAUCUGGUAACCUUUUAUAUGUAAUUGGUACUCUUAUAUUUGUAAAAUUUAACAAACAAACAAAACCCAGUACUCUGUACUUCAUUGUAGCUUUUGUAGCAUUGUAACCUGGGUGAGGAAAUCCUGGUUUCUGUAUGUUUGAAAGACAAAGUGUUUGAGAAUAGUCAGGAUGGAUUUAUGAAAGGAAGAUCAUACCUGAUUGAGUUGAUAACCUUCUGCAAUGAGACCAUUAGCUUGGUGAGUGAGGGGACAGCAGUGAAUGGUUUUUACCUCAACUUCAGUAAGGCUCUUGCCAGGAUUCUCAGCAGUCUUUUUCUUUCUGAAGAGGUGUAGUAAUGGAUGGAAACAUAGAUUCUAUCUUGAUCCAAUAUUAUUAAAGAAAGAACUAUAUACACUACUAUACGCUUCUUUGUGUAUCAAGAUCGCUAGCUGCCUCAUUAGAAUUCCAAAGGAAGCAUCAAUUACAAAUUGUAUUCCCUGUACUGGCACUGCAGCAGCGAAACAUGUAAUUUCAUUUAUUUGUUUGUCCUAAAUGGUUAUUUCUCUCUAUUGCCUAUGGUUUGAAAGCUAAACAGAGAAGUGCAGGUUUCUUUUCUUGGGGGGGAAAAAA